CGAAAUCAUGUUAGCCAACUUUGUAUCUACUGGAUGGAAGUUAUUUUCAUUUAAAAAUUAAGUAGCCUAUCCAUUUCAUGAUCCAUUUGAGCUAGCCAGGGAGCAGAGCGUCCACGUGUUGUACCCCUGAGUGUGGGGGUGGGGAGAGGGAGAGCUACUUUUUCGCAGCAGCGGUUUCUUUCGCGGAGCUCGUAGGCUAAACUUGUAAAAUGGGUAGGCAGAAAAGUGUUGGUGAGGUGGGCCUGCCCAAAGUGACACCCCAGUCUGAGUUGUCUGUAAAGAUCCCCCCAGAUCAAUCUCAGGCGCAAACGCAUCCAAGGCAACGGCCAUCAAGGACAAGAACCGGUGCGAGGAGGAGGUCUUCAGUAGAGAACUCCAAUUUCUCAACGCCACAUGAGCUAUGGGACAAAGAGGACUGGGAGACGACUAGAAAACAAACUGGAAACCAAAAAGAGAACUAUCAUGGUGGAGGCGAGAAGGGAGCAGCCGAGUCAACGUGGGGGGACCCCACCAAGCCCUCCAAAGUCCAGACCUGGUCUCGUCUCCGGCCGUGCAGGAGAGGCCCCAAAAAGAGCUACUUCAGAUGGAGGAAGAGGAAGGCGGGCGUGGAGGAAGAUCCCCCUCUGCCCCUGCUGCACUGGCAGCAGCAGCAGCACGUGGAGAUCGAGGACUGGGAGCAGGAGAUCAGCGAGCAGGACAACGGGGAGGCCGAUCACGACAGCCCGUACGGUAUCGAGGAUGUCCUGACGGUGGCGCUGAUGAGGCUGAGCGUGGAGCAAGGUGGCUGCAUUCCGUCCCUCUACAACCCCAGCGUCCACCACAUGCCCCCGGUCAAGUGGGAGUACCGCAGCCGCGCAACGGUGGAGGGGCAGUUCUCGGACGCAGAGGAGUGAUGGCUCCUCGGGUCUUAUUGGUUCGUUAGGGAUGGUUGAGCACUCAUGAGUUUAGUUUCCUUGCUGGUUUCCUGGUUUGACUGACAAGAUUCUCUGUCUGUCAGUUGCGGUCUGUGUAUUAGUUUGACAGUUAAUACUGUCACUGGAGUUAUGGAUUUUGUGAAGAAGAUUAAUUAAAAAAAAAAACACUUUUAUUUUAUUAUUUUAAUUCUAAUCACUUGGCAUCUUAUUAUGUAAUGUCAUUUUAUUAUGUAUUUACUUUGACACUUUAGUUACUUUAUCAUGUAUUUUAAUUAAUUGGUCAAGUGAUUGGUUUCAUUACAACAGAAAAAGAGUUCAGAUUUGUUUAUCCACUGAUAAAGUAUUUGGUCAAACCAAAUUUGAGGGCAGCUACAUUACAGUUAACUCUAUCAA